CUUCGCCGCUGCCUGUAUCGCCCACGUGCGAGCUCUCCGACGCAGUGCGGGUGGGAAGGGAUGUCGGACUCUCUGCAGAGCAGCUUGGCCUCUUCCGGAGGAAAGGAUGAAGUGGACCGUCCGCUGUGUGCGGUCAAGUUCAAGGUGUCACGGCACCAGAGAACGGUCGGCGUCGCGGCGAGGAUGCCUCGACAGCGGGAAGGCAUGGAAGACAAGGUACGAUGGACUCUUGUGGUCUACGAGUUCUUGGACAACGACCAGUUCAGCAACCUCGACACCCUCAUGCUGCAGCUCGCGCCGGGGCAGUGCCUGCUCACGCUGGAUGCGGGCGCCGCCGAGGGAAAGCCGCGGGGUGACAUGGCCAAGGUGCUCGCCGCAAUGGAGCGCCUUGACGUGGCCGUCGAGGACGUGAAGGGGGGUCAGUUCAAGACCGACGACAUCGCCGGGCGGAUGAAGGACCUCUUGGGGGACGCCUCCCUAGCACAGUACUCCCUCGCCAACGAGCAGCCCCUCGGAAGCGCUUGCCUCGCGGCGUUGAUGGGCCGCCUCGAGCGCGAGGACAAGGACUACCAAAGCGAGGAAGGGGAAGGAGAAUCUCCGGAGAUGCCGUCCUACGCUUUGGUACAGGGGACGCUGCAGAAGCAUCUGCGGCUCGACAGCGCAGCGGCGGCAGCGGUCACCCUGCUCCCGGACCCCACAGCCCCUCACCAGUACGGCAGCCUUUUCGACGUGCUAAACAGGUGCAAGACAAAGAUGGGCAGCCGGUUGCUGGAGCGGUGGUUGAGGCAGCCCCUCACCGAUAAGGCGGAGAUCGAACGGCGGCAUGACAUGGUCGGGCUGUUCAAGGACGAGGCAGGACUGCGGGGGUCCCUGCAAGACGGUCCUCUCAAGGCGUGCCCAGACCUCGAUACCCUCAAGACCAAGAUGCAAAGGAAGAAGGCGGGCUUAAUGGAGGUGUUCAAGCUCUACGUGUUUUCACGGUCCGUGCAUACCUUCGGAGAUGUCCUUUCGGGGCACUUUGGUGAGGACGAGGGGGAGGAGGGAACAGAAACAGAGAAGCUGGUCAAGGACAAGUUUGUCAAGGGCUUCGCCAAGCUCGCUGAUGGGUUCUCGCGCUUCCUGCAGCUGGUGGAGCACGUCCUGGACAUGGACGCUUUGCCCGACCUAGUCGUCAACUCGUCGUACAGCCCCGAGCUAGGGGAGCUGAAGGAGGAGAUGGACCAGAUCAAGGAGGAGGUGGAGGACCUACACCAGGAAGCGAGGGAUGGAUGGUGCGACUUCGGGGAGAAGGACAAGUGUCUGCUCGACGAGGACAAGCAGAGAGGCUUCUUCUUCCGCCUCACCAAGGCCAACCUAGAGCAGGAACUAAAACGGCGAAGAAAGGGUGUAGAAACCCUGGCGGUGCUCAAGAACGGCGUCCACUUCACGACUUCAGAGCUGAAGAAGCUGGGGUCUCGGUACAAAUCCUGCCGCCUCGAGUACGAGGAGAAGCAGUCCGGUCUCGUUGAGAAGGCCGUGGAGACUGCCGCGACUUACCUCCCGCUCGUGGAGUCCGCCAGUGCUCUCGUGAGCGAACUGGACAUCCUGGUGUCGUUCGCCGACGUUGCGGCCCUCGCUCCGACCGAGCUGGUCAGGCCCACGAUGAAGGACAAGGGCACCGGAGUACUGAAGGUGAUCGGGUGUCGGCACCCCUGCCUGGAGUGGCAAGACGAGAUGAACUUCAUCCCGAACGACUACGACAUGUCUAGCGAUGGGGCGAGCUUUGUCGUGGUAACCGGACCCAACAUGGGUGGCAAAAGUACCUACAUUCGUACGCUCGGGGCGGUGACCGUCAUGGCCCAGGUGGGCAGCUUUGUCCCGUGCGAGACCGCCGAGAUGAGCGUCCGGGAUGCGGUCUUCGCGAGGGUGGGAGCCGGCGAUGCCCAGCAGCGAGGGGUGUCUACUUUCAUGGCGGAGAUGUUGGAAGCGUCAGCGAUUAUUUCCGCCGCGUCGAAGGACUCUCUCAUCAUCAUCGACGAGCUUGGGCGAGGUACUUCGACGUUCGACGGCUUCGGGCUGGCAUGGUCGAUCUCGGAGCACAUCGUCAAGACCAUUCAGGCGCCGUGCCUAUUCGCUACCCACUUCCACGAGAUGACCACUAUGGCGGAGCAUGACAAACGCGUCAAGAACUUGCACGUCACUGCAGAGGCUAAGGAGGACAAGAUCACCAUGCUCUACGAGGUGCGGGAAGGUCCUUGCCUGGAAUCCUUCGGCAUUCACGUGGCCACCAUGGCCGGAUUUCCCAGGGCCGUCAUCCGAGAGGCGAAGCGCAAGGCGGCCACGUUGGAAAACUUUGAGGAGGCCAUGGAAAGGACGGGGGGGGGAACGGGGGCACAGCGGAAGAAAACCAAGACGGACGAGGAGGGGGCCGGCGGAGGGCACAACGCCACCAAGUUGCAUCGUCUGCUGGACAUGUUCAAGGGGUUACCAAUCGACGUCAUGAGUCCAAAGGAGGCCUUAACUGCCACCAGGCAGCUCGUCGACAAGCUCUACGUCGGCUCUGGGUGAUACGGCGAUAGAUGGUCUCUCCGACAGAACGAGCGAAUGGUGGUUUAUGAUGAGGUCGUUGUCAGCAACACCGUUGACCGUGUGGCGAACGACGACGGUCGGUUGUUAAGCGACGAUCAAUCACGGCUUACGGCAGACCAUUUUCGACAAACAGUUGUCAGUGGGGGUAGCUAUGGCCGGUAAAUGUAGAUAGUGGAUAGGACGAAGAUUGGCCUGCGAUCCUGCACGAUGAACGACUGAACCCACCUACCGUACGUGGUGGUCGAGGGUUGCUCAGCAGUAGCUAGUUAUCGCUUUGUCUCGGUCUUCGUAUCCGAUCCACAACUAAUUGAUCCAACAUGUCACAUUCUUGUGGCGCAUGCAAAUGUGCGCGCAGUUCAGUUAGAGGUUUGAGCGAGUUGUGCCUGUUGGAAAUGUUGCGAUUCUGUUGUUGAUGGCGGCAGAAACAACACAACCCCUACAGAGCUUGUGGAUAAACAAAACGUAGAGCACGUGUGGCUGUUUCGGCGAUCAACCUGUCGCUUGAAUAGCCCCCCUUCGCUUUGAUUUUUUGGGUCCCUCGCUUGUCUUUUGAUUUUCGAAGUAUGUACCAUACCAUUUUUUUGCACGGAUGACUACGGAAGAUGUCCACGUCAGUUGGACAAACAUUUGUACGGGUGUCCGGAGGUUGUGCGCAGUGCUCGGCACGGGUUUUGUUGUGAAGACAACCAAAAACAACAGCAGAAACAACUGUUGCUUGAAUGGCGGCCCGGUCACGCUUGAAAGCAGACGAAGACCAAGUUUUUUUGUGGUUCUUUUGAACGGGCGGAUGGACACGACCAACGCUCCCACGUUCGCCCCUAGUGACAUUAGUCUACACUACAUGACUGCUUUACGCCGACGAUGAUGUCAUACUAAUAAUAGACUUUUCUUCGUACGUCGGAGUUG